AUGACGAAGCGUCGAAACCGGCAUGACUCUGAGAGUGACUGCUCUCAACGAUUUUGGACAGAGUCGGAGGCAAGCGACGCUGACUCAGAAACUGAUAUCUCAACCCCGGAGUCCUCUGUAUCGAUCCGUAAGAAAUCUCUCGUCUUCCCCGCCAAGAAACGGCAGCGCAGCCAAGGGUCGUCAACUUGCACCAGCAGCGAAUCCGAGAAUGACAGUGGUCAAGCUGUCCACAAGAGGCCGAAGAAGAAGAUCAGAUCCAAAAAAUGGCUGGAGGGCGUGAGAACUGUUCAAGAACGGAACUACCGAGAGGGAAUUGACUCAAGCGCAAGCGAUACGGGCGGAGGGGAUUCCUCCACCGAUCCAAAUAUUGAGUCGGAUGAUAUUUCGUCUGAUAGUGACAGUGAUGGCUAUGCUGAUGGCACGAAGACCCAAAUUACGUUUAUGAAGGGUCUUUGGGAACGAUUCUGCCGCAAACAACAUAAAGCAAACCAUUCAUCUUUUGACUUGAAAUGGAAGGACCCUCAAAAUGCUCUCCGCGCAGCAGGAAAGAGAGAAUUCACCAAGUUUCUCUACUGGUGUUUUCGAGUCAAGCACGCGAGUGUUGAAAUGAUUCCGGAGCUGCAAGCUGCGAUAUACAAACGUGAUAGCUUCGCUCGGAAACUCGACGAAUGUGGCAAAAACAGUCGCAAAGGAUUAGAUCGACUCGAAAAGCUCAAGAGGAACGUGACGAACACAUACAGCCGGCUACUAUACGAUCUUCGCAAGCACGUGAGGGAGGAGUUUGACAGCAGUCAAGCUGUCAAGGACAGCUGGUCACCAGAUGGAAGCCGGCUCGCAUCAGCAUCCGAUAAGAAAACCGUUAGAAUAUGGGAUCCAACUACCGGUCAGAGCAUAUUAACUCUCAAAGGGCAUAGUGGUCCGGUAUUCUCGAUUGCCUGGUCGCACGAUGGAAGCCGACUAGCAUCGGCGUCUUUCGAUAAGACAGUGAGAAUCUGGCAUCUGGCCACCGGCAAGACUAUGUCAACUCUCAAAGGGUACUGGGACUGGGUUACCUUCAUUACCUGGUCGCAAGAUGGGAAGCGACUUGCAUUAGCAUCCGGUAGUAAAACAAUUACGAUCUGGGAUUCAGCCACCGGCCAGAGCGUGUCUUCUUUCGAGGGACAUAGCGGUCUGGUCCGCUCAAUUGCCUGGUCGCCAGAUGGAAGCAGAGUCGCAUCAGCGUCUGAUGAUAAGACAAUCAGGAUUUGGGAUCCGACUACCGGUCAGAGAUUGUUGACUCUUGAGGGUCACAGUGACUCGGUCAUUUUGAUUGUCUGGUCGCCAGAUGGAAGCCGACUCGCAUCGGCGUCUGAUGAUAAGACAGUCAGAAUCUGGGAUCAGACCGCUUUUUAG